AUGCGUUGCUGUGCUGCGGGCACUGACACGGACGCCUCGCAGCAGCAGCAGCAGCAGCAGCAGCAGCAACCCCAGCAGCACCCGGAUCAGCAGCAGCCCCAGCAGCAGCACCAGACUCAGCAGCAGCAGCAGCAACAGCCUCAGCAGCAGCAGCAGCAUCAGCAGCAGCAGCAGACUCAGCAGCAGCAGCAGACUCAGCAGCAGCCUCAGCAGCAGCCUCAGCAGCAGCAGCAGCAACAGCAGCAGCAGCAGCAGCAGCAGCAGCAGCAGAGUUUGCAGCAUCUGGGUGUAUCUGAAUGUUUGGUGAUAGCCGAAGCAGUGAAUUGUUUUUCUUUGGUUUUACCUUCUCCGCUGUCUAUACACCUGAAGAAGGUUUUGCCUGCUGAGGUUUGUGUUUAUUAA